GGAAGAUAGAACGAAAAACAAAAAAAGACAAACCUUUUGUAAACAUUUACCAUUCUGUGUAUACCACUGCCGCACCACUCUUUUGUGAUAUGUAUGCAGUUCUAAUGUACUGAUAAAAAUUCCGGCCAAAGAACAUCAUCGUUUGCAGAGAUUAGAGCAAAAUUAAUAACCAGCCCGCUAUCGCUUGCAUAUCGGAUAUUUAGUUGUUGACUUCGGACGUACUUUUAAGAUAUCUUCGUGUUAUUAUCACCUCUCCCUCUCUCUUGCUGCUGCUGAUAAACAGUACUGUACAGAUAACUCAUUUAUUUGUAACGCGCUCUCAGCAGUUUGAUAAGGUCGAUGAGAGACGACGGACAAUGUCACGUUUGUUACUAAGAAACAGCCGUUGUUACGUUCCCCGAUUCCAGAUGACGAGGUACUUAGUGAACGACGCGAGAUAUGGCUUCCUCAAGCAAUUAGGUAUCACCGCCGAGAAUCCCGGACUCUACGACGGACGAUGGGGUGGAUCUGGCAAGUUGAUAGAAUCGGUGUCACCAGCGACCGGCAAGGUGAUAGCGACGAUCCGCGAGUCCACGCCGCAGGAGGCCAGCAAUACUAUAACAGAAGCACGCAAAGCCUGGCCGCAAUGGGCUUCUAUCCCGGUGCCGGCGAGAGGAGAUAUCGUGCGGCAGAUAGGCGAUGAGCUCAGAAGAAACUUGAAGCCGCUGGGACAUUUAGUAUCUUUGGAAAUGGGAAAAAUAUUGCCGGAGGGCAUAGGCGAGGUUCAGGAAUUCAUCGACAUAUGCGAUUACGCGGUGGGAUUGUCGCGAACGUUGCCGGGAAGGCUGUUGCCGUCGGAGAGAAAAAACCACGUGCUCCUGGAAAACUGGAAUCCCCUGGGCGUAGUCGGCGUCAUUUCCGCCUUUAACUUUCCCAUAGCGGUCUACGGCUGGAACAGCGCUAUCGCCAUGGUCUGCGGCAACACCAUCGUCUGGAAAGGGGCGCUGAGCACACCAUUAGUGGCCGUCGCAACCACCAAGAUAAUCGCGAGUGUCCUGGAGCGCAACGGUAUCCCGGGCUCCGUCGCGUCCCUCAUCACCGGCGGGCCGGAAGUCGGUGAGACUCUGGUGAACGACAAACGGGUACCUCUGAUUUCGUUCACCGGAAGCACGAACGUGGGAAGACAAGUGGCUCUCAAGGUUCAGCAAAGAUUUGGAAAGUCUCUGCUGGAGCUUGGCGGUAACAACGCGCUGAUAAUCGCACAGGACGCCGAUUUAGAAAUGGCGGUGAGAGCAGCGGUCUUCUCGUGCGUCGGAACAGCCGGACAAAGAUGCACCUCAACUAGAAGAUUAAUAUUGCACAAAAAAAUAAAGGAUGAGUUUUUAGGAAAAUUGAAAACGGCGUAUAAGAGUGUAUUGGAACGAGUCGGAGAUCCGCUGGACGACGGUGUGCUCUACGGACCGUUGCACAAUCAACCAGCGGUUGACGCUUAUAAGGCAGCAAUUAAAAAAGCUGUGGAAGCCGGUGGCACGAUAGAGUUCGGCGGAAAACAGAUAGAGCGAGCGGGUUUCUACGUCGAGCCGACGAUCAUUUCGGGUUUGCCGGUUGAAGCCGAAGUGGUGCAGCAGGAGACUUUCGCUCCGAUCGUUUACAUUCUGGAGGCGAACUCUCUCGAAGAAGCUAUCGAUCUUAACAACGGCGUGGAACAAGGAUUGAGCAGUAGUCUCUUUACUAAAAGUAUCGGAAAUAUAUUUCAGUGGAUCGGCCCUCACGGAUCAGAUUGCGGAAUAGUCAACGUCAACAUCGGCACUAGCGGCGCCGAGAUAGGCGGUGCGUUUGGCGGUGAAAAGGCCACUGGCGGGGGCCGCGAAAGCGGAAGCGAUGCGUGGAAACAUUACAUGCGACGUGCGACGAUCACGAUCAAUCACGGAAACGAGCUUCCUCUUGCUCAGGGAAUCAAGUUCGAAUAAAUCAGACGGGCGUGUUUUCGGAC